GCUAGGUCUGGAUGGGAUGCUCCAUGGAAGGUCGGUGCAGACUUUAUAGACCGAAUAGCCCCUUUCCCACUGUAAGGAUUCCAUGAUUUUAUGACUUAGGUCAGAUGUGUACUUUUGCUGUUCAUGUUGCAGACUUUCUCCUGACGCUAGGCUAAGCUGCUGAAGCUCCAGAUGGGGCUGGGUGAAGGUGAUCACAGUGCUGCUAGUCACAGUCGUACAGAGUGAUUACCUGGGGCCACUUGGCCUGUCCAUGUCCUGUACAGUACAGCAACGUGAGAGCUCUUGUACUUGAAUCUAAUCUGCAGCCUGCCCUCUGGCCCCAACAGGGAGCUUCUGAAGGACGAUCCUUUCUUCUGUGUUCCGGAAGUAAUUGAUGAGCUCACGACAAAACGAAUUCUCACAGCCGAGUUAGUGACGGGCGUGCCCCUGGAUAAGUGUGAGGAUCUAGACCAGAAUACUCGAAAUAAGAUCUGUUCGAACAUCCUGGAACUGUGCCUCCGUGAAGUGUUUGAGUUCAGGUUCAUGCAGACUGAUCCGAACUGGUCCAAUUUCUUCUUCGAUGAGGAGAAACAGAAGGUGACAUUGUUGGACUUUGGAGCAAGUCGAGAGUUUGGUAAAGAAUUCACGGACAACUACAUUGAGGUCGUCCGAGCAGCUGCUGAUGGCAACAGAGACAAAGUCUUACAGAAGUCCCGAGAUUUGAAGUUCCUCACUGGCUACGAGACCAAGGUGUUUGAGGAUGCUCACAUUGACGCGGUCAUGACCCUUGGAAAGGCAUUUGCUCAGCCAGAAUCCUUUGACUUUGGGAGUCAGGACACCACCCGGCGGAUCCAGAGCCUGAUCCCAGUGAUGCUGAAGCACCGUCUGACUCCUCCCCCUGAGGAAUCCUACUCCCUCCAUCGCAAAAUGGCUGGCUCCUUCCUCAUCUGCUCCCGUCUGCAUGCCUUCAUUCCUUGCAAGGAUAUGUUCGACCAGGUCUACACCAGGUAUUUUAACCAGGCAGAUCAGCAGCUGGUUAAAAUGCAGCAAUGUAAAUAGCCCCGAUCACGUUGCACCAGGAUUGACCCAGGUUUGGAGACAACUGUCUGUGGACAUUCUUUUUGUGUAACGUUUUAUGACUAGGUGCUGCCGCAACAUGGUCUUAUCUGUUUGUGGUAUAUGAAUGCUCGUUUGGUGUUACAGAGCCCCUGAGCACUGCUGAGAAAAAGCUAUGGUGUUGAAGCUUUCCUUCUUUCGCUCAUCAGGACAGUUCACAAGAAUGCCAGUUUAAGGGGCGGGGUUUGACACUUCUGUGCUACUUUAGGGGAAAAAUAAGAGUGCUGAUUGAUUGGCAAGUGGACUCUGGUGGAGGUGUUGCCUUGGAGAAUGCACCAACAAAAUGGUCGACUGAUAGUUAACUGCCAAGACUUGUUUAAAUUUAAACCAGGUGCAGAGGAAACUGGUUGCAUCAGAGCAGCAACUUCCGACAACUCCAUCCCAAAUUCCGCAUCCACUUCAUCUGAUUAUUUGCUCAAAGCCACAGUUACAAAAAAAAAGCCUCAGCAAAACGUGCCUUUUUUUUCUCAGUAAGGUUUUUCCGGGCCCAGGUGUGAAAUGCUGAUGAACAAUUGGCUGUCUCUCUUUUUAAGCUCAUUGGGUGAGAUGUCACUGGAUCAUUUGAACAGCAAGCCCAUGUGUCAGCAUGAGUGUUUUUUUUUCUUUAUUUUUAAAGAAAAUACAUAAUGUAUAUUUAAUAAAUGGGUGGUCACUA